UACUACAACUCAGAUCAGGAUAAGAUGGGAUUGCUGCUUGGUUCUCGUUAAGCUCGUUAACUCAGAUCAGAAUUAGAUCUCUGUUUGACACUGGUGGGCGGGACUAAUGUCUGACCACGCCCCAUGACCUUUGACAUUGUGGUUGUUUGUCCUGUGAGAACUGAUGUGUGUGUUUGUGCGUUUCUACUACGUUAUGAGGCCCCUGUGCUCCUUAUGGGGCCCAAAGUUGAGUUUGUUAUGGUCGAGUAAUGUCUGGGUUAAGCUUUAGAAAUGAAUAGAAACCAAGACAAAGUCCUUCCAGAUAGAAAGGCGUAAUGUGUGUGUGACAGAGAGUGUGUGUGUGACAGGGUGUGUGUGUGAUUAGGGUGGAUUAACAGCAAGCAGCAGCAGUCAGACGAGCUGCAGGCGGUUGGAGACGCUGACAUGUGACUGAUGUCAGAAGAGGAGCUGGGACCCACCAACAGGUGACACCCUUCCCAUGAUGCCCUGCAGCCUUGAGGGAUCACCAUGGGAGAUGAGUCUUACCCAGAAUGCCAAGCUCAGGAGUUGUUUGAUGAAUUUGUGUCAGCAUCGACCUGCAGGGCAGCGCUGCGCUGCUUCAGCCAGCUGUGCGAACAUCUGCAGCUGGAUCACAGCACCACUGAAAAGCCUCUCUACCAACCAAUCAAACGGCGGCUCAACUACUGGAAGGCCAAUGCUCUGUGGGCCAAACUGGACCGGAGGGCGGCACAGCAGGAGUACCAGAGGGGCCGGGUCUGCAGAAACAUGACUUGUGUGAUCAUCGGGGCGGGGCCUUGUGGUCUCAGGACAGCGGUGGAGCUCUGCUUCAUGGGAGCCCGAGUGGUAGUCCUGGAGAAAAGGGACUCGUUCUCCAGAAACAACGUGCUCCACCUUUGGCCCUUCACCAUCUACGACCUGAGGAGUCUUGGGGCCAAAAAGUUCUACGGAAAGUUUUGUGCAGGCUCCAUCGACCACAUCAGUAUUCGCCAGCUGCAGCUUGUUCUGCUGAAGGUGGCCUUGCUCCUGGGGGCCGAAGUUCAUGUCAAUGUUGAGUUCAAGCAGCUGUUGGAGCCACCAGAGGACCAGCACAGAAACAAGGAGGGCUGGAGGAUGGAGGUGAGUCCAAAGUCCCACCCAGUCAGUCAGAUGGAGUUUGAUGUCAUCAUUGGAGCAGAUGGACGCAGGAACACGUUGCCAGGUUUCAGGCGUAAGGAGUUCAGGGGGAAACUGGCCAUCGCCAUCACAGCCAACUUCAAAAACAAAAACACCUCAGCCGAGGCCAAAGUGGAAGAGAUCAGCGGAGUGGCUUUCAUCUUCAACCAGAGGUUCUUUCAGGAGCUGCGGCAAGAAACUGGUAUUGACCUGGAGAACAUUGUCUACUACAAGGACGACACACACUACUUUGUUAUGACAGCAAAGAAACAGAGUCUCUUGGACAAAGGAGUCAUUCUACAGGACUUUCCAGACACAGAGCAGCUCCUCUCUCGAGGGAAUGUGGACCAGGAUGCUUUGCAGGCAUACGCCCGUGAGGCCGCAGACUUCUCCACCAAUCACCAGCUGCCAAUCCUGGACUUCGCCAUGAACCACUACGGUCAGCCGGACGUCGCCAUGUUCGACUUUACCUGCAUGUACGCAUCAGAAAACGCUGCCUUGAUUCGCCAGCGCCACGGACACCAGCUGCUGGUCACAUUGGUUGGAGACAGUCUGCUGGAGCCCUUUUGGCCGAUGGGGACAGGUGUGGCACGGGGGUUCCUAGCAGCUCUGGAUUCAGCCUGGAUGAUCAGAAGUUGGGCUCAGGGUAGAGCACCACUAGAUGUCCUGGCUGAGAGGGAGAGUCUGUACCAUCUGCUGCCUCAGAUGACUCCAGAGAACAUGCAGAAGAGCAUCAGUCUGUUCACCGUAGAUCCAGUGACAAGAUACGUGAACAUCAGCCCUCUGACCGUCACACCUGCUCAGGUGAGACACCUGGUAGACACAGGUAGAGAGGCCGGACUAAACACAAGUGAGAGUGAUAUUAUCCGGCUGCCUUCCCCCAGAAUUUCAAGACAAGAGUCCUUCUCUCAGUCCAAUCAGCUGCUGACUUGGUGUCAGCAGCAGACUCAUGGUUACAGAGGUGUCGCUAUUUGUGACCUGACUACUUCCUGGAAGAGUGGCCUUGCCCUUUGUGCUCUUAUCCACCGAUGCCAACCAGAUUUGAUAGACUACGACUCUCUGGACGAGUCGUCAGUGGAGGAAAACAUCCGCCUCGCAUUUGAUGUGGCUGAGCAAGAGUUUGGGAUUUCACCUCUGAUGACGGUGGAAGAAAUGUCGUCUGUUGGAGAACCAGACUCUCUUUCUAUGGUGAUGUACCUGAGUCAGUUCUACCAGCUGCACAAAGAGUCACUGCACCCUGCUGGCUCUCUGAGUCAGAAUGCUGAUCUGAGAGCAGCUCUCUUCACUCCAGUCUCCCUCCUCAGCAGACUGGGAACCAGUCCGUCCAGGAAGAGAAACCCAAAGGAGCAUGGAGACGCUCUGGGCAAAAGGAGAAGGACGAGUCCAGAGAGCGGAGAGCUGCAGGAGUCACAUGACCUUAAUGGCGACUUUGAUGAGAACUUUGUGGGCGGGACCAGCCGCUCUAGAGUUCGUCUGAUGGCCAAUCAGCUGCAGGCAAAGCUGGAUGAGGGCUCUGCGACCUGCGUGAACUCUUCGUCUUCUUCUGCUUCCGCUCUACGUCAGCAGCAGGGGGCGCCAUCCAGCCUCCCUUCCUCAGAGUCUGCAGACCCCCCGCAGGCCACGCCUCCUAUUCAGUCGUCGUCAUGGAGACCGAAGAAGCGGACCCUCCAGCAGGAGCAGAUGAGUUUCCGCUUCAGGGAGAGGAUCAAGUCUCAGUGGGCCGCCAGCCGGGACCAGCAGUGUCUUCAGAUGUACACCGGUGGAGUGAGCUCACUGGCUGAGCAGAUCACCAGCCGUUUUCAGCGUCAGCAGCAGAGUGGCUUGGUCUCUGUGGGAAGCGACGUCUGUUUCUUCUGCAAGCAGAAGGUUUAUGUGAUGGAGCGUCUGAGCGCCGAGGGGCUCUUCUUCCAUCGCAGCUGCUUCCGUUGUGAUUCCUGCAGCGCCCCCCUCAGGCUGGUCUCCUACAGCUACGACCAGGACACCGGAAGGUUUCGCUGCCUGCAGCAUCCUGACUGCCAGCCGGCUGCUCCCAGGAAGAGAGCGACUCCCACGGGAACAUCGGCGCCAUCUCCGUCCUCAGCCGCGUCCCUCUCCGACUCUCUGAGCGAGCGGCGCCGGUCUUCAGCUGCAUCUGUGAUGGCGGCGACGCCGGAGCGGAUCGAGCUGGAGAACCGCAGGAAGGAGGAGGAGGUGCCGGAGGAGGUCCAGAACCGGGUCAACCUGAGCCAAGGUGUGCAUGUCAGCUCAGAGGAAGAGGAGGAUGAAGGUCCAGGCUGUGAGGAAGAGGAGGAUGAAGGUCCAGGCUGUGUGACCUCACAGGAGGCGAACACUCUGAGAGAGGAAGAGGAGGAAGAGGAAGGCAGCGCUAGAGCCGAGUCCAGUGACGAGGGGGAGUACAGCCCCUGGGAGACGGAGCGCCGCUCGGGUCUGUGGCUCCUGUUAGAGGAGGAAGCAGAGUUUCCUCCUCUCGGCCCACCUGUGCAGCGAGGCUCCGCCCCCUCCUCUCUGACUCCGCCCACUGACCCGACGCCCUCCACCGCCUCCUUUGUCACCUCAUCUGACUCCACCCCUGACUCUGACAUCACCAAAAUUCCCCUCUCACCUGUGAUCGUCAUGGAGACGGCAGCGCAGAAACGGCCCACAGCAGGAGGGCGGGGCUCGUUUGAUGACAUCACACCUGAGCUGCCCCAGAAGAAGCCGCUGCUCCAGCAGGAGGACCGGGGGGCGGAGCCAGAGGAGGAGGAGUCAGGCGGAGUCAGGCGGCGGAGCCAAAGAGACGGUCCACACCCCACCCUCCCUCUGCUUCCUGGAGGUGGAGCUCUCUUCCUCCACCUCAAGAAGCUCCGGGAGGCUCCGCCCCCUUACCAGGUGGAGCUCGGUGGGGGCGGAGCCAGAGGCCUGUUGAAGGCAGUUCUACCCGGAAACAGAAAGGAGAAGAAACGGAGGGGCGGGACUUUACCUGCAGAGAAGUUCAGGAGGCUCCCGGCCAAUCACAGCAGGAAUACAGUCGCAGGAGAGGAGUCAACUCUGGAGUCUUCAACGCUGCUGCAGAGAUGUUCGCUAAAACCCGGAAACAAUUUGCAGUUGCAGUUGUUCGACCUCGUGUCUGAACUGCAGAAAGUUUCCGUGGAGGAAGAGGAGGCUGAAGAGGAGAACCAGCAGGUCUACGUCCCUCAUGCUCUGGCCUUCAGGCGGUCGUAUGGAGACAAGAUUAAGAAGCGCGUGAGGGACAGCGUCCUGGACUCGGAUGGACAGUCUUCCUGUCCCACGGAGGUUCUGGGCGUCCUGGUCCCGCCCAAAGAGCCGUCCAGCCUCAGCGUGAGGGAGACCAUGUUCCAGAAACAGGAAGGGGACGAAGACGGAGAUCUGGACGCCAAAAUCACCCGCGGCGUCCAGAGAGCGGCCAGGAGGCAGGCCAAGAAGGAGCAGCUGAAGAGGCUGCACAAGGCCCAGAUGAUCCAGCGGCAGCUGCAGCAGGUGGAGGUGAAGCAGAGAGAGCUGGAGGAGAGAGGAGUGAUGGUGGAGAAAGCUCUGCGAGGAGAAGCAGACUACUGGGAGGACUCCAGCCACGGUCCAGACACGGAGCUUCACCUGGGAGGACUGGGCAAACUGGACAACCUGGUUCUGAUGCAGCAGUGGUUCCGACUGGUCCAGCAGAAGAACUCUCUUGUCCGAUACGAGUCGGAACUCAUGAUCUUCGCUCGGGAGCUGCAGCUGGAGGACCGACAGAGCUGCCUGCAGCAGGAGCUGAGGGAGCGGAUGGCCGUGGACGAUCACCUGAAGGGCGAGGAGCAGCUGGACGAGGAGCGGCGGAUCCUGGAGGAGAUGCUGGAGGUGGUGGAGCAGCGCGACGCCCUAGUGGAGCUGCUGGAGGAGCAGCGCCUACUGGACCGCCAGCGGGACCAGAACCUGGAGGUUCUGCUGGCCGGGGCGCUCAGCUGGGCCUGACGGAACCGGACCAGAACCUGGGGGUUCUGCUGGUUCUGAUUCAGACGAUCUGCAAUAUCAAUAAUCAAACUGAUUCCUGAAGAUUUUUGAUCCAAAUAAUCUGAACAAUAACUUAAAAACUACUCCACUGGAAUUAUGAAGGAUUGUUAAAAAAGAAAAAUUAAGUUCUUUUAACUGAUGAUUAUAAAAUAAAAUACAAAACUAAUUAAUCAGUUGCGUUAACUAAGAAUGAUGAAAUCAUAAAAACUGCGUUAAUCUGCUGAAUACGUCCGGGUUUGAUUCUAAAAAAGAUUUAAUCCUAUUUUACUGAUGAGUUGCAUUUUAAAUUGUGAAUUAUAAACAUUGCAAAGGUUUUUUUAAAAUUCAAAUAAAAAACGUGGAAUUAUAAAUAUAUCAAAACACUGAAAAAUUGAACGAUAGCCUUUAAGUUUUGAAAAAAGGUAAGAAUGUAUUAAAAUAUAAAGAUCCUAACAAAUGUGAAAAAAGAAUUACUUUAAAAGAUUUAUUUAAAUAAAUCUGAAUAUGGUUUUUAAACAUUAACAGAAUAAUCCCUGGCUAUUGGAAACAUAAAAUAAUUGAAGAUUAAACUGUAAAAAUGUAACAAAUAUGUACAAAAAAUAAAAAUGUUAUUUUUAAACUACAGUAUAAAACUGAUGUUUAAAAUAUGUAAAAUUACAAAACCAUCCAUAAGAUAAAAAGGACAAAUAAUCCCUGAUUAUUCCAGUUAUUUUGGGAUUAAACUGCAGAUUAAUAGUCUGAGUUUCUUCAUGCGUCACCAUGGUAACCCACAGUAUUAUGGGAUGAGCCAGCUGAUGGUCAUGUGACCUGAACUGAGCUUCCUGCAGAACCGGAUUAUUCUGAUCACCGUCUGCCUUAUUUCCUCAGCAGGUCUUGUAACUCUCUCUGAUGUCACUUCCUGUGUUUAAUAAAAACUGAUUUUCAGCUCAAACUGUCGAGUGUUAAGAGAAACUUCA